UGAGGCCCCGCCCAUUUCCCCGGGUCCUUUGAUCACGCGCCUGCCGACUCUUCCGGGGCCUGGGAGCCAAGCGAGGGCGUUCCUGUCCGGGCUGCAGCGGCGGGAGGGAGCCCAUUGGAGGCGCCCUCCCGAAGCACUACUGCCCAUGCUGACCCCCUGGCCCGGCGGCCGCCGAUGUCAUGAGUAACACCACAGUGCCCAACGCCCCUCAGGCCAACAGCGACUCCAUGGUGGGCUAUGUGCUCGGCCCUUUCUUCCUCAUCACCCUGGUUGGGGUGGUGGUGGCUGUGGUAAUGUAUGUCCAGAAGAAAAAGCGGGCGGACCGGCUUCGCCAUCACCUGCUCCCCAUGUACAGCUACGACCCCGCUGAGGAGCUGCAUGAGGCUGAGCAGGAGCUGCUCUCUGAUGUGGGAGACCCCAAGGUGGUACAUGGCUGGCAGAGUGGCUACCAGCACAAGCGGAUGCCCCUGCUGGAUGUCAAGACCUGACCUGACCCCCUGCCCUGCUCUCCAGAACCAUGGGGUCUUGGGAGUGCCCGGGGCCUGCGGCUUCCUUCCCCACUUGCACUCACCCAGCUCCCCCUGCUGGGAACUGGGUCUCCUCUCCUCCCAUCCAGCCCCGGCAUCUCGCUCCUCCUCCCCCCCCACCCCAGGCCUUCAGUCUUUGGUGGGCUGAGCCUACCACCAGCUCCCCCGGGCUAAUGAAAAGUUUUUCCUGCCCAGUUGGGUGGUUGGAGACAUUUUCCUGGGCACCACCUUUCUCUUGAGCCUUCCCCAACCUGGCUUUGGAUUUGUUUCCAUGGUGACAGGGCCUAAUGUAUAGUAUUCAGUAUAUAUAUUUUGUAAAUAAACUGUUUUGUGGCUA